CCCCGCGCCCGCGACAGGGAGCGGGCCGAGCGAGUCGCGCCGCUGUCCGUGCGCCUAGCGGAUCCGAGCCGUGCGCGGAGCUGUCCUGCCCCGCCCCGCUCCACCCGCGAGGGUGGCCGGAGGCAGCCGGGAUGACAGCUCUCCCCAGGAACCGAGCCACCCGCUGAAAAACAUGACCAGCAAGUCCCCUCCUCUGUGCAUGUGCUCUGCAGGCUGGAAGCUCCUGGCCAUGCUGGCUCUGGUCCUGGUCGUCAUGGUGUGGUAUUCCAUCUCCCGAGAAGACAGGUACAUUGAGCUCUUUUAUUUUCCCAUCCCAGAGAAAAGGGAGCCAUGCCUCCAGGGUGAGGCCGAGAGGAAGGCCUCUAAGAUCUUUGGCAAUUACUCCCGAGAUCAGCCCAUUUUCCUGCAGCUGAAGGAUUUUUUCUGGGUCAAGACACCUUCUGCCUAUGAGCUGCCCUAUGGGACCAAGGGGAGCGAAGACCUGCUUCUCCGGGUUCUAGCCAUCACGAGCUACGCCAUGCCGGAGAGCAUCCAGAGCCUGAAGUGCCGCCGCUGCGUGGUGGUGGGGAACGGGCACCGGCUACGGAACAGCUCGCUGGGAGAGGCCAUCAACAAGUACGAUGUGGUCAUCAGAUUGAACAACGCCCCAGUGGCUGGCUACGAGGGGGACGUGGGCUCCAAGACCACCAUGCGUCUCUUUUACCCUGAAUCUGCCCACUUCAAUCCCAAAGUGGAGAAUAACCCAGAUACACUCCUGGUCCUGGUAGCAUUCAAGGCGAUGGACUUCCACUGGAUUGAGACCAUCCUGAGUGACAAGAAGCGGGUGCGAAAGGGUUUCUGGAAGCAGCCUCCCCUCAUCUGGGAAGUUAGCCCGAAGCAGAUUCGGAUUCUCAACCCCUUCUUCAUGGAGAUUGCAGCUGACAGACUGCUGAGCCUGCCAAUGCAACAGCCCCGCAAAAUUAAGCAGAAGCCCACCACAGGGCUGUUGGCCAUCACCAUGGCCCUCCACUUCUGCGACUUGGUGCACAUUGCUGGCUUUGGCUACCCAGAUGUCUACAACAAGAAGCAGACCAUUCACUACUAUGAGCAGAUCACACUCAAGUCCAUGGCGGGGUCAGGCCACAAUGUCUCCCAGGAGGCACUGGCCAUCAAGCGGAUGCUAGAAAUCGGAGUCAUCAAGAACCUCACUUACUUCUGACUUGGGCAAGAGCUGUACCCAUUGGUCUGCCCACUGUGCUGCGAAAGACCCCUCAUCCAUGGCUGUUGGGGUGCCCGGUGCCAGCGUGAUCCACUUGGACUCACCUCCCCCUGUCUGGGGAGAAGGUCCUGGGACUGGCCAGGGCUGAGAGGCAGCUGUGCUCUGGGCUGCUCUUGUAUAGCCCAGAUGUAGUCAGGGUGGAGGCACUGGGCCUGUGGGAGCUGCCCCAGGACAGGGCUUAUUGCUGUGGCAUCCCGUCUGCCAGCUCCGAGAAAUUAUUUAACGGGCUAUUUAAUUAAGGGGUAGAAGGUGCUGUGGGCUGGUCCCAUGACAUCCGGGAAAGGGGCAUAGCACACUGUUGUGCUCACUUUUUAUAAAAACACACGUGAUGGCCCAUGAGGACCGAGACCCAGAGCAGGCCUCCCAGCAGGAUGGGGGAGUCAGGAGGGGCAGGGGCCCUCCAGAGGGGCUGCGACCUCCCAGCAGGUAUGGGAAGAGCCUUAGUGGGGGGUUCUAUGGAGAAGGGGGCCCUAUCUAGAAGAGGUUUCAAACCUGCCAUUAAACUAUUUUUCCUAAAAACGCAGUCAUGGUGCCCUGUGUUCCCGGCAGGGUGAUGAGGACACGAACACGGAUACAGUAGGGGGCCCCUCUCCUGGCAGUGGGGCCCUGAGCAGGGUCCAGGGAAUGGUCAUGUAGGGAACAAAUCUUUAUUGACUACAGUGCCUGGUGCCAAGUGGUGCAUUAUCACCCUGGCAUUAUGACCCAUGGUGCCCACGACAGCCCUGCCUGCCAAAUGCCCACCUGGCUCCCUGCAUCCUGGUUUACCUCCGGGCCACGAGGAGGCAGCAGGAUGUAAGAUGGGAGUGGCUGAGCCCGCUCUCCACUUCCUUCGUCUCUCCCUCUCCAGUCUUCAGUUACUGAAAUUGAAUGCUGGGAGGUAUGUGUUUUGAGGACAGGGGUGGGGUUGGACAAAGGAAGCCAAGUUUCCCUUCCCAGAUUAAGUGGGAAUCAUAAAAUGGAGUUUAUGCAAGUCCCUGCCAGGAGCCCGGGCUGCCAGGAUUGGAGUGGGUAGGGCUGCAAGGCUGCGUCUGAGAGGUUUGGCAAGUCCUGUCAGCCAGUUGCCAGGCCGAGGGAUGGCAUGGUUCCCUUCCCAGGUCUCUAGAAUCCUAACAGCCCUGCUCUCAGCCUGCUUCCUUCUCCUGCCCCUUCGUUGUCCAUCUUCCCAGGCUCUGCUUAGCCGCCAACUGGGCUGCCUGCCACCCCCACAGCUGUUCCUUUACGUCUGGAGCCAGGAAGGAGAGUUGGAAGUCCCCCAUGGGGAAUGGGUCUCGCGGCUGUGUUCCUAGCUUUCUCAGAAAGAGUUGCAGCCUUGAGGUUUUCAGACAGCCAGGCUGGGGCAGGACAGAUAAAAAAGGGCGGUGAUUUGGGUGGGACAGAGGGAGAUGGCAUGGUUGUAGAUGGAGUGUUGGAGGGCCUUGAGAACACCCAGCCUCAUCCCACAGAAUGGCCAUAAUGACCAGCCCAGGGCGUGGAACUGCCGGUUCUUUAGGAAACCUGCAGAAUUACUUUGCUAGCUGCUGUCUUCCCAGACCUGGGGGGACCCUGAAAGCAAAUAGGGCCCAAGCUUCUGCAGCCUUGAGCCCCCUCCCCUCCACAGGCAGGCUUUGUUUUCCAAGGCUUUGUCCUAGGGAGGAACGUGGCUGGCUCCAGCAGGGUUGGCAGUGUUGUAGGAGAUCUUGGCUCUCCUUACCCUUGAUGCUUUCCCAGCUGCUUCUCGCAAGGGUGUGCAAGGGAGUAUCCCUUUCCCCAGCCAGCCCCUUGGAUGUGACUGCAUAUAUGACCCAGCUGUCCCGGACUAGGGCCACUGCCCAUCAGUGAAUGAGCCAGAAUCCAACACACUUGGGUGGGUCACACCCCCCAAAAUCCACAGACAUGCAUGUAGCCAAAGGAACAUUUGACAUUCUUGUUGGAUUCUGCAGUGAUACCAUGUAUUCAAGAGUCCUUCAUGAUCACAUCCAGGGAGGAUCUGAGGGUGUGUGCGCCCAAAUCAGCUGUUGUUGGCUCAGGGGGUGGGCACAGCUUCCUCUAGCCUACCCCAACCCCUGGACAGAUUAAGGCAAUCCUGGGGAAGGGUCAAAGCUGGGAGUGGAGCUUGGAUGUGGAAUUGUUGGAUGGGGUCCUUGAGUGUACUGGGAACAGGACUUAAAUGCUUCAGUUACAGUGUGAAAAAACUGCCUGCCGGCCUGCCUGGUACUGAUUAAGCCCUGCUCGGAAAAUGAGGCAAUGGGAUAUAUAAA